CUUAUCAGCUCCAAGGUAUUUCUUCACCAUUGACAUACCAAAAAUCAAUUAUCCUGUGUCACUCGCAAAACCCGCUAUAUCUACUGCCAUGAACAGCUUAAUUUCGAGCUUACCAGCUCGAAUAUCAUUUACUGGUACGAAACAAUGUCAGCUACGACACUGUUCUUGUGAUCCGUUUAGAAGCAACUCUGUGUUUUUCAGACCUUCAACAACACACAAGACUUCCCGAAUCAUUUGUAUGGCGGAGCCCUAUUUGAUAGCAAAACUGGAGUCCGCUGUGAAGACUUGGAACGAAUUUUCGGUCAAGCUGGCUGAUCCAGAUGUUGUCUCAAACCCCAGUGAAUAUCAAAAGAUAGCACAGUCUGUGGCAGAGCUUGAUGAGGUUGUUUCGAUCUUCCGGAGAUUCAAAGAUUGUGAGAAGCAGUUAGAAGAGACCAAGGCUUUGGCAAAAGAGGACGGCAAUGACGAAGAUAUGGCUGAAAUGAUUGCAUAUGAAGUUGGCUCUUUAUCCAAUGAACUGAAACAGCUUGAGGAGAAACUGAAGGUGCUUCUGCUUCCGAGUGAUCCUCUUGAUGCAAGAAAUAUAAUGCUUGAAGUACGGGCUGGUACUGGUGGGGACGAGGCUGGGCUAUGGGCCGGUGAUCUUGUUCGUAUGUAUCAGAAGUACAGUGAGCAAAAUUCGUGGAAAUUCUCCCCGCUUUCAUGCUCUGAGGCUGAAAAAGGAGGAUUCAAAACCUACGUGAUGGAGAUUAAAGGAAAUCGUGUAUACAGCAAAUUAAAAUACGAGUCUGGUGUUCACCGGGUUCAACGAGUCCCUCAAACAGAAACUCAAGGUCGAGUGCACACUUCAACUGCAACUGUAGCCAUCAUGCCUGAGGCUGAUGAAGUUGAGGUGGAAAUUGACCCCAAAGAAAUUGAACUUACUACAGCAAGGUCUGGGGGCGCUGGAGGGCAGAAUGUCAACAAGGUGGAGACAGCUAUUGAUCUGUUCCACAAACCAACAGGAAUACGCAUCUUCUGUACUGAAGAAAGGACUCAACAUCAGAACAAGAAUCGUGCUUUUCAGCUCUUGCGAGCAAAGCUGUAUGAGAUAAAAUUAAGGGAACAGCAAGAAAAAAUCAGAAACGAAAGGAAAUCUCAGGUUGGUACUGGUGCUCGUGCUGAAAAGAUUCGAACAUACAAUUACAAGGACAAUAGGGUCACUGACCAUCGCUUAAAGAUGAACUUUGAGCUCACAUCAUUUCUUGGUGGCGACAUCGAGACUUCUGUUCAGGCUUGUGCUGCCAUGGAACAGAAGGAACUCCUGGAGGAACUCGCCGACUCUAUUGGAGCACCAGUUGGCUGAAUAGAAACACAAUACUCUGGAGCAAAUGAGGAAACAAAAUUUUGUAUUCAUGUCUUAUGCUUUCUAAUGCAGUGACUGCUACCUACCCUAUUCAGUCUGAGUUGGAGGCGAUGUUUAUGGUUUUGUUGAAGGAUGAAAAUAGUUGGGUGGAUGGUGUCAUUUAAACUUUGUACAAAACAUAUUAGAUUUUAGGUUAAAUGAAGAGUUAAAACAUGUGUAUUUUUUUAUUUUAUUUUUAACUGUGGAAUCACUCAACUCUA